AUGAAGCUCCCUGUUUUUGUAGUAGAUGCAUUUACAGCAAAAGCAUUUCGUGGGAAUCCUGCCGCUGUUUGCCUCCUAGAAAAUAAAUUGGAUGAAGACAUGCAUCAAAAAAUUGCAAGAGAAAUGAACCUCUCUGAAACUGCUUUUAUCCGAAAACUGCACCCCACUGACAACUUUACACAAAGUUCCUGCUUUGGAUUGAGGUGGUUUACGCCGGUGAGUGAGGUUCCCCUCUGCGGCCACGCUACCCUGGCUUCCGCGGCUGUGCUGUUUGAGAAGAUAAAAAACGUGAAUAACACUCUAACCUUUGUCACUCUGAGUGGGGAACUGAAGGCCAGAAGAGCAGAGGACAGUAUUAUCCUGGAUCUACCUCUUUAUCCUGCCCACCCCCAGGACUUCCAUGAAGUGGAGGACUUGAUAAAGACUGCCAUAGGUGAUACCCUAGUCCAAGACAUCCGCCAUUCUCCAGAUACCCGAAAGCUCCUUGUCCGGCUCAGUGAUAUUUACAAGAGGUCAUUCCUGGAGAACCUGAAGGUGAACACACAGGAUCUGCCGCAAGUGGAAAACACAGGGAAGGUGAAAGGACUCAUUCUCACCCUUAAAGGAGAGCCUGGAGGGCAGACCCAAGCAUUUGAUUUUUACUCCAGAUAUUUUGCACCGUGGGUUGGUGUGGCUGAAGACCCUGUAACAGGGUCUGCACAUGCUGUUCUCAGCAGCUACUGGUCCCAGCAACUGGGGAAGAAAGACAUGCAUGCCUUUCAGUGUUCCCACCGAGGAGGAGAGCUGGAGAUUUCUCUGCGUCCUGAUGGGCGGGUUGACAUCAGGGGCAGCACUGCUGUUGUUCUAGAGGGCACGCUGACAGCCUAG